AUGGAAGAUCUCACCACCACCACGAACGAGCAUGAGCUCUCCUCAACCACAACUCGAUCCUAUGCUACGACGGAGGACCUCACCAUCACGAUGAACAACCUCUACCACAUCUACAACCACCUUUUCCAGCCGACAGACGACUUUGUCCGCACGAUGAACGAUUUCUACCGCAUGUAUGAUGACUUCUUCCUCGCCACGAACGCUGGGCCCGCCACCAACGCGGUCUACGAACUACCCGAGAUCAUGGAAAACAUCAUCACACACCUCCCUACCACCAACAUCCUCCAAGCUAAACUGAUCUCUCAAUACACCAAUUCCCUCAUCACGACCUCUCCAUCCAUCAUUCACGAACUGCUCUUUCCGACUGAGCAAGCACCUGCCGCCGCAUUCGUUCCAAACGCGCUUGGGACCACGAACUUCUUCAUCGUCGAUCAAGAGAAGUGGUUCAUCAUGAAGCCUGACAAUCUCUGUUCUCUGCAACUUGCACCAUCGGAGCGUGGUGACAUCGAGCUCUACUACCACCUUCACCCCGAGCGUCACAUCUCCACCAUUCUACCACCACUCACGGACGCUCAGAAGCAAACUAUCCUCUUCCCAAGAAAAGCCUCAACACGCGUCAACGUGACCAACUGGUCACCGCUCAACCCUAGCUGGAUGUGGAACGACUUGUGGAUGACGUUCAGCAUCCACGUCAAGUCGUGCCGUCUCCAGGAUCUCACCAAUCUUGUCGAAAAGCUCAACGUCAUGCUCUAUCUCAUCAAUGAGAAAGAGGCUCGCGAAGUCGAGAAGGCGGACGACUGGAAAAUCAAGCUGAUCGAGCUCGUGGAGGAGAAGAACGUCGUCCCCGGACCACAGCUCACCGAGCACGAGAAGGCGAUGUUCGUGGAUGGUUCGAAGUUGGAAGUCGGUUUCGGCCACUGGUGGAACGUGCUGAGGAACGAGUACCGCGAUAUCUAG